UCUGUCAGAACUUGAAACAGCCAAAAGGAAGAGAAGAAAGGAUGGUGAGAACAGAAGGAGGCGCCGAACUGCAGUGCAAGAAAGUCCGGGGCAGAAAACAGUGAGAGGAGAACCCAGCGCGCGAGCCCCAACCGCCUGGCUAGAGACGAUCUUUGAAAAGCAACAAGCGGCUCACUCCGUUCGAAUAGAGGCGCGAAGAUAAAAGGGUUUUAAAUGCAACGCUGUGUGAAGAUCAUGGCAGCCGACACGAAGAGCUCACUGGGCAGCAACAUCUGCCCCAACCGCAGCCCGAGGAAGCUGCUAGUCGCUGUGGAUCUCUUCUGCUUGUUCAUAGCUGUCCUGCCUUUCUUGGUCAUUGAGACCUCCGCUGUUCAGCCGUACCGUAGAGGGUUUUACUGCGACGAUGAAUCCAUCAGAUACCCGGCCAAAAGCAGAGAGAUCGUUAGCGACACUGUGCUUAGCGCGGCAGGCAUGCUAAUCAGCAUCGUCUCUAUCAUAAUAGGUGAAAGCUUCAGGAUCUUCUUUCUGACCCAGGAAUCCAAGUCGUUUGUCGGGAACCCCUACUUUGCUGCUUUCUACAAACAGAUCGGGGUGUUCAUCUUCGGCUGUGCCAUCAUUCUGUCCUUCACCAACAUCGCCAAGGCGUCGAUUGGCCGCCUGCGGCCAAACUUCAUCGACGUGUGCAAGCCUAACUUCUCCACCAUCGACUGCUCCCUGGGCUACAUCACGGAGUACACGUGUCAAGGCGCAGAGAAAGAAGUCGAAGAGGCUAGGAAGUCAUUCUUCUCUGGACACGCGUCGUUCUCCAUGUACACCAUGCUCUACCUAGUGUUUUACCUGCAGUCUCGCUUAACUUGGAGCGGAGCCCGUCUGCUGCGUCCGUUGACCCAGUUCGCCCUCAUCAUGAUAUCCAUCUUCACUGGCCUGACCCGGAUAUCCGACCACAAGCACCACCCCGCCGAUGUCCUGGCCGGGUUCUUGCUGGGCGCCCUGGUGGCCGUCUGCAUCGUUUUCUUUGUGUCCGAUUUGCUUCAGCCGCAAAGAUUUUGCUCUGUGACCCAAAUGCCGGUGAAGAAAGAUUGCCUUCCUCCAGCAGACACCAGGGAGCAGGGCAACCCUCUCACCAUGGUGUAAAGACCAGGCUGAAAACCCACUGAAAGCAAGAAAUGAGCAGAACUGUGCCUUUUUGUUGUUGUUGUUGUUAUUGUUAUUAUGAUUUUUCUUGCAGCCACUUGUUCUUACUGAAUGAAGCGGACACUCUGGAAAGUGCGUCCACAGAAAACGGUUAAAGAAAGUUUUGCUUUCUGAAGAACUUUUUUAUUCUUCUUCUUUUGUUUUUCCCCAAAUCUCACAAGACAUGUGAAUGUGUAGGGAGGUGAGACGACCUUUUUGUUUUUGCUUUGUUUUUUUUGUUUUUUUAUUACACAAGGAGUUUUUGACCGUCUCUUCUGUUAUAAAGAACUUAUUUUUUUUAUUUUUUAUUUUUCUGAACAAAAGUCCGGAAGUCGAGAAAAACCUACGAAAGGCUUUUCUGUGUUUUAUUUCUCCGGCAGUGGAGCUCUAUUCAUAGCCCCGCUUCUCACUGUGUGGCUUAUAUUUGAACAGCAUAAAAAAAUAAAAUUUAUGAAAAUAAAACAAAUUCCUCUAUUUCAGGAAGGAUAUUGUUUUAGUUUAUUACAAGACAUCGCAAGCGUGACUUUUAAAGCACUAUUUUCCUCUAGUAUUGUUCGCCGCCUCUUGACCGACCUUUUUUGGAAAGCUUCACUCCGUGUGUAGUUCAGUGUUCCCUCAGACGUCACAGUUAUGUGGAAAAUACAGUGACGAUGUGGGUGGGUUUUUAGAUGUGGGCCUCAUUCUGCUGGCAUGGAUGGGCCCCCACUGAGCCGUUUAAUGAAAUGACAGUGUUUUAUAUGUGCCAGACGGGUGUUCACGUUUUAGGUCAGAGUGUGUGUUUGUGCGUGUGUGUGUGCUUCAAUGUUAGGUCAUAUAUUUUAGUAUUCAUCGCCUAAAAGUGUGGCUUUUAGCAUAUAAAAGCAUCUGGAGACGAGAAUGAAUGAUGCAGUUUGAUCACUUGUUUAUCAUUGAUGUUGUAUAACGCUUAUGGCUCUGUUGCCAUGCAUGUAUGUGUUGCCAGUAGACACGGACUGACCAGUUACUGGCCAGUUGGAAACUCAAAACUUUAGUCCCUUCCAACUGGGAACGCAGCAUAACGAAGGCUAAAUACUGUGGUGAGCAUGGAGAUGUUGGCCUUUGGAAAUCUUUGAUGUGGACGUCAUUCGAAGCUCGUCGUGUUCAGUAUCAGUGAAAUGGUUUAAAACAAGUCGGAAGAAGAACUAAUAGUUUCAAGAAGCCAAGGUUAGCUGUGUCUGCAAUGGAGCGAUGCUAGCUGCUCAUUCAGGCGAGACUCCAGCUGUGAGACUUGAACAUAUGAGAGUUUUUCCCAGUAUGCUAAUCAUGCUAACCAUUGUAAUCUUAUGGUAAUUUCUGCGAAACGAUGCCAAAAACAUAAUACUUAUAGUAGCUUAUGUUGUAAAAUCACAUAAUUGGGAUGUCGGUAGAGAUGCGUUGACCUCUGACUGACCAGUUGGAAACUCAAAAAGUCAGGGAUUUGACUGUAAAGAAGGCUAACAGGUUACACAGUCAGCCUUGGAUAAGCUUCAGCAGGGACACUGUUGAUGGAGCUAGCGAUGUUUGGUAUCGGUGAAAUGUUUUAACAUCCAGUCAGAAGAAGAACCAAAGGUUUGAGAAGAUAUCUAAAGGUUAGCCGUAUUUACUAGCAGAGAUGCUAGCUGCUCUAGGCUUCUUUUGGUGUUGAUACUUCUGGACUUUUUGUAAGCAGUAUACCAACUUCUCUGACCAUACAAACCAUCGCAAUAUCUAGGAUCUGAUGCCAAAAGCAACUAUCAUGUUAGCUCUGUUGUUUUCUCCGUUUUCCUCCCCUCUCUCUCACACAGUGUGACUUUGCCUCUGAUCAUUCAUUUAAAAAUAGUGAAUGAUCUCUGACAGCAGCUGGAUCCAAUGACAAAGCAGAAUCAACUUAAACUGAUGUUACUAGAUAUAGGCUGCUAUUCUAACUUUUAACCAUAAGAACAUUUUAGCCGUUUUUUACUCGUCUAUUUUAGAACCAAGCUGUGCAAAAUUGGAGAUUGACAACAGAACUCUUAAUUGGCGAAUCUCUAGGUGCACAUAAACCUGACGCAACACCUGCAGUGUGCUUGCCUGACUCCAUUGUGAAAUAUAAAUAUAUAGGAAGCCAGUAACUCAAAAUAUCCAGACUCGCUUCUAAAUGACUGAGACUGCCUCAGAAAGUUCACUGUGCCACUACGCGCUGUAAAUUGCUGUAAAGUGUGUCCUGUUUGCGUGCUGCAGAAACGCCCACUAUGACUCUGCGCUGUGCAAAGACCUGUGUGAAUAUCGACAUAGAAACGGGAACGAAGCGGCGUCAGAACCAGACUCCUUCGGCUCUGUUUUGUAUUUGUUUGGGGUUGUUUUUGAUGUUGUUUUUUCUCUGUUUUGUUCCGAAAACGAAACAAAGAAAAAAAAACGUUUAAUAUUUUUGUAAUGUGAAUUUUUAUACCACAAAGCUGUAUUAAAGAAAGGAUGUCUUGAAUAAAAAACACAAGAGAAAAGCGGA